AUGGUCAGAUAUGGCAGUGGCUACAACGGACACGAACGUCCCGGAUCCCAAGAAUCAAGAUUGCAAGAAUCAAGAUUCCAAGAAUCAAGAUUCCAAGAAUCAAGAUUGCAAGAAUCAAGAUCGCAAGAAUCAAAAUCGCAAGAAUCAAGAUCCCAAGAAUCAAGUUCCCAAGAAUCAAGAUUCCAAGAAUCAAGAUGCAAGAAUCAAGAUUCCAAGAGUCAAGAUUCCAAGAGUCAAGAUUCCAAGAGUCAAGAUUCCAAGAGUCAAGAUUCCAAGAGUCAAGAUUCCAAGAAUCAAGAUUCCAAGAAUCAAGAUCACAAGAAUCAAGAUUCCAAGAAUCAAGAUUCCAAGAAUCAAGAAUCAAGAUUCCAAGAGUCAAGAUUCCAAGAAUCAAGAUUCCAAGAAUCAAGAUUCCAAGAAUCAAGAUUCCAAGAAUCAAGAUUCCAAGAAUCAAGAUUCCAAGAAUCAAGAUUCCAAGAAUCGAGUAGGGACGGCGUCAGACUCAAAACGCUGCAUUAA